AGACUUUGACUAACCAAAACCACUUCCUCUUCAUCAUCUCCUCCCUCCUCCUUGUUCUCCUCGUCGAGCUUCUCUGAGAUUUUGGUUUGACAAGGCUCAUUCCUUCCGCCGUCUCCCUCCAUUGCAGAACACCAUCUUCACCUCUCUCUCUCUCUCUCUCUCUCUCCCUCCCUCUGGGCCAGUCGUAAUGUUGCUGGUCGACUGCUCCAACUGCCACACGCCAUUGCAGUUGCCACCAGGUGCUCCCUCCAUCCGCUGCGCCCUCUGUCACGCCGUCACCCUCGUCGCCGAUCCUCGCUCCCUGCCUCCCUCCUCCUCCCACUCGUCCUCCUUCCACCACCACCACCACGGUCACCACUAUCCUCCUCCUCCUCCUCCUCCUCCUCCGCACGGUGGUCACCGCUAUCCUCCUCCUCCUCCGCACGCUCCGCCGGGCCCCCCUCCCCCGGCUCACGGCGGGAAGCGAGCUCUGAUAUGUGGCAUCUCGUACAGGAACACCCGGGACGAGCUCAAGGGCUGCGUCAACGACGCCAAGUGCAUGAAGUUCUUGUUGAUCAAUCGCUUCAAGUUCCCCGAGUCCUCCAUCCUCGUGCUCACCGAAGAUGAGCGUGAUCCUUUGAGGCGUCCGACCAAGCAGAACAUGAGAAUGGCGUUCCAUUGGCUUGUCCAAGGUUGCAGGCCUGGGGAUUCUUUGGUAUUCCAUUUCUCUGGUCAUGGAUCCCAGCAGAGGGACCGUGACGGCGACGAGGUGGAUGGUUUCGAUGAAACGCUCUGCCCUUCAGAUUUUAGGACCCAAGGCAUGAUCGUCGAUGAUGAGAUCAAUGCAACAAUCGUCAGGCCUCUUCCUCGUGGGGUUAAGCUUCAUGCCAUCAUUGAUUCUUGUCACAGUGGCACUGUGUUAGAUUUACCCUUUCUCUGUCGAAUGGACAGAAGAGGUCAGUAUAUCUGGGAGGACCAUAGGCCUCGUUCAGGAGUAUGGAAAGGGACAAGUGGGGGAGAAGUGAUUUCUUUUAGCGGCUGUGAUGACAAUCAAACUUCUGCCGAUACUUCGGCUCUUUCCCAGGUUACAUCAACGGGUGCUAUGACUUAUUCCUUCAUCCAAGCCAUUGAGCGUGGACAUGCCGCCACAUAUGGGAGCAUGCUGACUGCGAUGCGGUCUACCAUUCGGAACACCGGCGAUGAACUUGAGGGUGGACUUGUAACUUCUCUCAUCACGAUGCUUUUGACUGGUGGGAACCUCAGCACACGACUAAGACAGGAACCUCAAUUAACUGCGAAUGAGCGAUUCGAUGUGUACACAAAGCCCUUCUCUUUGUAGCGUGGCGGACAGAAGGCUUUAUCAAGCUGAAUCAGUUCUUAUUCAUCGUCAUCAGCUUGAUGGCAUUACGGCUAACUUGGUUCCCACCUAGACUGAAAUUUGUCUUUCAGUUGUUCUGGAUGAACGAGCUGAGCGUUUUCUAGCUUGUACUUAGUGAC